AUGGAGAAGAACACCAACACCAAUGCCAAUACCAAUAUCAAUAUCAACAUUGAUGCGGUAUCGGAGACCUCUCCUGACCAACGCCACGGCGGAGAGAGGUCUCCAAUGGCAGCUUCUCCACUACCACCUGCUCGCAACAUCGAUGACAUAAAUAACCCUCCCACCGUUGUCAUCGAACCCUCGUCCUCAACAUUAGUGGCGGCCCCGGAAAGCGCUACACCAGGCGACGUAAGACGGCGCCAGAGUGUAGAUGCCAUGUUCGACGUCGGAACAUCGUCACACGAGCAUGUUGGAGGAAGUUCCGACGCCGAAGCGGGGAAAAAAAGAGGACGAGGGGACGGAGGAGAGCAGCAGCAGCAGGUGAAAGCUGCAAAGAAAAAAGGAGAGCUAACGGAGGUUCCAAAGGGUGAGCCAAGAUGUGCAACCUGUAACAAAGUGUUCAAAUCGUGGAAAGCACUAUUUGGACACUUGAGGUCUCACCCUGAACGGACCUACCGUGGGGCUCUUCCUCCGCCAACCGCCGCCGAACUCGACAUUCGCCGUUGUCAGCAGCAGCUCGCUUCCACUUUGCUGACAGUGGCUCAGCAAGUGGCAGCGACCAGAAGAGGGCUGGAUAUUGAUCUCAACCAACCCUCUACUGCUGACGACGGAGACUCGCCGGACAACACCAGAGACGCCGGGUUUGAUCUGAAUCUCGAACCCCCGCCGGAGAGUGACGACGAGAAGUGA